AUGUCAUCAGCUUCAACAGGCAAACUUACUUCACACUUUGAGAACGAGAUACAAAAGCAGGUCGUUCCACCACCUGGUAAGAAGGAGAGAGUUUGGACACCACAUAGUGAUGAUCAAUACCAGAGACAAACCGUUGUCAAGGCUACUGGCAAGCCCGCCGGUCCACCCCCACCCAAGAAGUCAAUCUCAGACCUUCCCUAA